GUUUCUCAGUAUCAGUUUGCCUUCCAACAUGCGGCGGGAGUGACAGUGCAACUCUUCAACGACACAUAAAACAACUCCAACAAGAAAUGAUGAAACUCGUCUCUUUCCUACAUCGCUCCGGAAAACCCUUCCCUCAACUCAAAUUUCUAUCUUACUCAACUCCACGUCUAGACCCACAUCAAACCGUUGCUUCAAUUCCCCUUUUUUCUCUUCUGGGCAUCUGCAAAAACAUCUUUUCUCUGAAAAGAAUGCAUGCUCUGCUUAUUGUAGACGGCUUAGCUGAUGACGUUAAAUGUAACACUAAACUGGUUAGCAUGUAUGGUUCUUUCGGCCAUGUCAAGUAUGCUCGUCUGGUGUUUGAUCGAAUGCGAGACCCAGAUCUUUAUUCUUUUAAAGUGAUGAUGAGAUGGUACUUUUUGAAUGAUUUGUACAAAGAGAUUGUGGAGUUUUAUAAUAGUAUGAGAAAAUGCGUCAAAGAGCAUGAUAAUGUUGUGUUUUCGAUAGUGUUAAAGGCGUGUAGUGAAUUGCGAGAUAUUGAUCAAGGGAGGAAGGUGCAUUGUGAAGUUGUUAAGGCAGGAAGUCCUGAUGAUUUUGUGUUGACGGGUCUUGUCGACAUGUACGCUAAGUGUGGAGAAAUUGAUUUUUCUCGUCAAGUGUUUGAUGAAACAGUCGAUAAAAAUGUGGUUUCAUGGACUUCAAUGAUUGUGGGGUAUGUACAGAAUGACCGUGCACGGGAAGGAUUGAUUUUGUUUAAUCAGAUGAGGGAAGUAUUUAUUGAAGGCAAUCAAUUUACAUUAGGGAGCUUAGUUACCGCGUGCACAAAGUUAGGGUUUUUGCAUCAGGGGAAGUGGAUUCAUGGGCAUGUGAUCAAGAUUGGUGUUGAACUUAAUUCUAUCUUGGUGACGGCUCUUUUAGAUAUGUAUGUGAAGUGUGGGGACAUUAGAGAUGCUAGAUCGGUUUUUGAUGGACUUUCCACUAUUGAUUUUGUAUCGUGGACAGCAAUGAUUGUUGGAUAUACUCAAAGAGGCUAUCCUGACGAGGCUUUAAAAUUGUUUACAGAUGCGAAAUGGGUUGGAGUUUUUCCCAAUUGUGUUACCAUUACAAGUUUACUUUCAGCAUGUGCACAGCUGGGGAAUUUGAAUCUGGGAAAGACAUUACAUGGUCUUGGGAUUAAACUUGGAUUUGAGGAUCCAACAGUGUUCAAUGCUCUAAUAGACAUGUAUGCUAAGUGCCACAUGAUUGAAGAUGCUCGUUACAUAUUUGAGACAGUUUCGGACAAGAAUGUAAUUACCUGGAAUUCAAUCAUAUCUGGGUAUUCCCAAAAUGGGUAUUCAUAUGAACCACUUGAAUUGUUGCAUAGAAUGAGAUCAGAUUCUAUCACACCUGAUGCAGUCACAUUGGUGGUCAUCUUCUCAGCUUGUGCUUCACUUGGUACUUUCCAAGUUGGUUCUUCUCUUCAUGCAUUCACCAUAAAAGAGGGCCUACUAUCAUCAAAUGUCUAUGUUGGCACUGCCUUAUUGAACUUCUAUGCCAAAUGUGGAGAUGCUGAAUCUGCUCGUAUGGUUUUUGAUGACAUGGGAGAGAAAAACACUGUAACAUGGAGUGCAAUGAUUGGUGGCUAUGGAAUGCAAGGGGAUGGUAGUGGGUCCCUUGCACUUUUCAGUGAUAUGUUGAAGGAUGAAGUGCAGCCUAACGAAGUAAUCUUCACAACAAUUUUGUCUGCCUGUAGUCAUACAGGGAUGGUUGGGGAGGGCUGGCAGUAUUUCUAUUCAAUGUGCCAGGACUUCAACUUUGUGCCUUCCAUGAAGCAUUAUACGUGUAUGGUUGAUCUAUUGGCUCGUGCUGGCAGGCUGGAAGAGGCCUUGGACUUUAUAGAGAAUAUGCCUGUUCAACCUGAUGUUAGUUUGUUUGGAGCAUUCCUACAUGGAUGUGGAAUGUAUUCCAGGUUUGAUCUUGGGGAGGUGGUGAUUAGGAGAAUGCUACAGUUGCAUCCUGAUAAAGCUUGUUAUUAUGUGCUCAUGUCUAACCUGUAUGCUUCUGAUGGAAGAUGGAGUCAAGUUAAUCAAGUGAGAGAGUUGAUGAGAGGUUUGAGCAAGUCCCCUGGGUGUAGCCGAGUGGAUUUGGAUGUUGCUGAUGAUUUCUCAUGUUCUAGGGUGGCAUCUUUUGCUUAGUUGGGUUCAAUAGAUCUUACUCACCAAGCUGGAGUUAAUUAGGUGUAGCUAUUGUUGGAGUUGGGCCUAACUCCUCACCCAAAAGACCUUAUUGAGUGGGAGAAUUGCCCACUCUUAUAAACCCAUUAGCUUGAGCGUGCUUAGUCGAUGUGGGAUCUCCAACACUCCCCCUCACGGUCCAGCCCAUAUGGUCCACUUGCCUAUGAAUGGAGGUAGUUUGGUAGCUCACCGCUGGUCAAUCACUCAGCUCAAAUGGCGAUGACUCUGAUACCAGUUGUUAAAGUUAGGCCAAACUACUCACCCAAAAGGCCUUAUUAAGUGAGAGGAUUGACAACUCUUAUAAACCCAUUGGCUUGAGUGUGCCUAAUCGAUGUGGGAUCUCCAACAGCUAUCAAAGCGAUUCAAAGCUGUAAAGCUUACAGUCACUAACACUAUAGAAGAUUAUUGAAGGGAAUUUGUUAUGGAAUGUUUCAACUUUCAACAAGUUUGUUCUGCUAUGAACUUUCAUUGGACCAAUGCUGGCGUUCUUGACGAAUGUGCCUGCGGCUGUGUAAAGAUAAUGGAUUCAUGCACAACAACAUCUGUGGAACACAAAGCAUGAAUGAUACUUGGGGUACGUGAGUGACAGUUUUGUCAAUUAAGCAGGAAUCAGAAAUCACGGACUUCUCAGUACGUUUUGCUUGUCUCGAGUGGGAAGCAACAGCAUAAAACUCUUUCCAGCAGCAGAGAAAUGCUACACGUCCAGCUACUCUAUCCUCGCACGUAAUUUUCACUUACAAAUCUCAGAAUAUAUUUAGUCAUCCCUGUCUAGGUCUAUGUAAAUACCAUAGUACAAAUGAAAGUACUGUACAUCAGAAUAAGACCGACCUAAUCUGUCUUCUGUCAUCGUUGCUUUGAUGGAGACUUGGUAGUAACCAGGGGUGCUUCCAUAACCUCAACAUACCAUUCAUAAAAUGAUGAAACCGAGUCAAAACUCUCUGUGACAACCACUCUACCUAUGAUUUUGGAUGAUUCCUGGGAAAGAAUGACUAAUCAGAGGAAAGAAGAAAGAAGAAAGGGGAGAGAUUACUGCUAUUGGUCUUUCCCAAAGCAAUCGCCAGCUUGCAGCUGUAAGUGACUAUUUCUUUCUAUGGGAGAUACACUAUUGUCAGCCACCAAACCUUUUCUUUUGGUGUAUUAAAAUUUUCAAGUUGCCAAAAUUCUGUACAUUUCCUUGGUCUCUGAAAUAAAUUACCACCUCUAAACCAAUGAAUUCUCAGUAUCAAGCUCAAUCCUACUGUAUCCAGGGACCUUCCGUAGAUCAUAACCAUCCAUAACUGAUCUCACCUUCCCAAAUUUAUUCCAGUUUCCUUCUUCGGCAUAUAUAUUAGAUAAUAUAGUAUAGUAUCCAGGAUCGCUUGUACUAAUAUCUGAAAGGUCUUUUUCAAUGAUGUUAAUCAUAUCUGUUCUUUUGUGGAUUCUGCACCCGUUAAGAAGAGCACUCCAAAUGCUAGCAUCAGCAGGGAAUGGCAUCGAGUGGAUCAUUUGAUAUGCUUCGUCGAUAUAACCAGUGCGGCUUAGAAGGUCAACCAUGCAAUCAUAGUGUUCUGAAUCUGGCUCAACUCCAAAAUCCCU